AUGUCGAACAUCAAGAAGGUGCAGACAGAGGCAGACCGCCUCCUCAAGAAGGUCAAUGAGGGCCUCGACGCGUACGACGAGCUGCACGAGAAGCUAGCUAACGCGCCCAACGCGAGCGCCAAGGAACGCCUCGAGGGUGACCUGAAGCGUGAACUGAAGAAGCUACAGCGCCACCGUGAGGCCAUGAAGAGCUUCAUGCAGAACGACGACUACAAGGAGAAAAUGAAGAUGCAGGUGUCGCGCAAGAAGAUCGAAGAGCGCAUGGAGACGUUUCGUGCGAUCGAGCGAGAAAUGAAGACGAAGGCCUUCAGCAACGAGGGGCUGGCCUCCGCUGCGCUGGAAAGGGCGGACUCCGCCACGGAGCAGUGGCUGAAGGACGCGAUUGAGGAGGGACGCAAAAAGAUAGAGCUGCUCGAGUACGAGGUGCAGAAGGCGAACAAUGGCCGUGUACGCCGUGGGAAGCAGCAGAAGUCCGAGUACCAGAUACGCCUCGAGAACUUGCAGACCCAUUUCUUCAAGUGGGAGUCGCUGCUGCGCAUGGUGAACAACGAGGAGCUCGACACCGACGAGGUGGAUGACCUGCAGGAGCCGAUUCAGAAGGUGCUCGAGGACGACGUCGAUUUGGACGUGAUGGAGGACAUGUCCAUAUAUGACAGCUUCGACAUACCAGAGCCGAAGGCGAAGCCCGUCGUGCCGUUUGACGUCAGCGACUACGAAGAUAAGAAGGUGCAGUCGCCGAAGACGACGGCCAAGGCCAAGACGCCAACGUCCACGGUGCAGGCUAAGCCCAGCCCGUUCAUCACCUCUCCGAAGGAAACGGCGGCGUCGCCGCCCGCGGCCAAGGCGGCGUCCUCUACGCCGGUCCCCUCGUCAAUGCAGCAACCGGCGCUCGCACAAGCGCCACAGCAGCAGCUGCUACCCCCCACCGCCAACAGCCCGGCGGACGACGACAUCGGUGAGGAGGAGCCAGUGCCGGAGUGGAUGGACGACGACAUGGACACCGCCAACGACGACACCUUUGGCGAUGCCGCCAUGAGCGGCGGGUUCACGAUCGGCUCGCUCGCCGAGAUGGCCUCGGCGACGAACAAGGUGACGCAGGACUGGGAGAAGUCGCAGAAACCCGUCGGGUCGCUGGAGCCCAAGACGGUGAAAGUGACGGACCCCGUCCAUGGCGCACCGGAGGAGAAGCGGAAGCCGACUCCGCCGGUCGCGGCGCCGACGCCGAACGCAUGGGAGCGACGCGCCGCCGAGCAGCAGAGCCGGCAGAAGGUACAGCAGCAGCAACAGAAGCAAGCCCCGGAGGCUGCCUCGCCGGUGGCGCCGCUCGGGCCAGUCGCUGCGGCCGCCGAAGCGAGUGCGCCGGAGGCGGUGACAACUUCGCUGAUCAACCCGGUCGCAGCGACUUCUCCGUCGACCCCGGCCGGCAGCGCUAACACAGACCCCAUCCAGCCCUUCCCGCCCAUUCCUGGUGCCGCUCCCGGCUCCAAGUUCACGCCGAAGAAAAUUCACGAGCUCUUGGACAUGUCUCUCGGCAACCUGCCGCACACGCUCGACGUGCAGCGGCAGCGCCCCUACGAGCCGCCGAACGCGAUCGAUGCGAUCCCGUACUUCCCGCAGGAGGUGCUGCCGGUGCUGUCGAACAAGGACGUCUACCAUCAGAUGGACCUCGACACGCUCUUCUUCAUCUUCUACUACCACCAAAAGUCGUACCAGCAGUACUUCGCCGCCAAGGAGCUCAAGGCCCGCUCCUACCGCUACCACACGAAGCAGCAGCGGUGGUACCAACGGCUGGAGCGGCCGCAGACGACGACAGAGACGGAGGAGCGCGGCUCGUACACCUUCUUUGACUUUGAGGACAAGUGGGACCACGACCGCAUCGACGACUUUCUCUUUGAGUACAAAUACCUUGAGAAUGAACUCCACUGA